CUCUCCUUUUCUAAUUCACAAUUAAUAUUAUCUAUAUUAGUAUAUCAUGUCAAUUGAAGAAACGGAAACCGAGGUUAUCUUAACCCAUAAAAAUGGAUCUGUGGUCAAAAUCUUGAAAUAUGGAGCCACUGUGACUUCAUGGACCACCAGUGAUGGUAAAGAGCAACUCUGGUUGUCAAGUGCAGCCAAGCUUGAUGGAUCCAAACCAGUAAGAGGAGGGAUCCCAUUAGUUUUCCCAAUCUUUGGGAAAUGUCAAGAUGAAACUCAUCCAACUUUUAAAUUACCACAACACGGAUUUGCUCGUAACUCCGUGUGGGAAUUUCUCGGACAAACCGCGGCUAACCCCUUGACGGUAGAAUUUGCCCUUUCUCCAGAACAAGUUUCAAAUGAUUUAACAAAUCUUUGGGGGGAUGGACAAAAUGAUUUCACUCUUAUCUAUACAAUUCAAUUGAAUGAAAGUUCCUUGAAAACUCAAAUUGAAGUGGAAAAUGCUGGCAAAAGAGAAUUUGAAUUCAAAUGGCUUUUCCACACUUAUUUUGCCGUUCCGGACAUUACUGACGUUUUAGUAACCAAUUUCACCGAUGCCAAGUGUUAUGAUCAAUUACUUGCCGAGGAAUAUCUGGAAAAGGCCCCCAUGAUUAGUUUCCAUGAAGAAUUUGAUCGUAUUUAUAAAGGUGUAGAUCAAGAUAAGGUGGCUCAAAUCGUCGAAUUAGGUAAGGUCUUACAUAACGUCAAGCGUACAAAUUUACCUGAUUGUGUUGUUUGGAACCCAUGGAUCAAGAAAUCUGCUGGUAUGGGUGAUUUUGAACCGAAGGAUGGAUACAAGAAUAUGCUUUGUAUCGAGCCUGGUCAUGUGGACAGUUUUGUUAAAUUGGGUGGUGGUGAGAAAUGGACCGCGGCUCAAGAGCUUUCCAUUGGUGGUGACAUCAAGGUUCAAACAAAUAUAUAUUAGAUAGAGAAAUAUGACACACUCAAGCUGC